AUGAAACCUGUAAAUCAAUCUUUCUAUCUAUCUAUCUAUCUAUCUAUCUAUCUAUCUAUCUAUCUAUCUGUUAUAUACCAUCUAUCUAUCUAUCUAUCUAUCUAUCUAUCUAUCUAUCUAUCUAUCUAUCUAUCUAUCUAUCUAUUUAAAUCUCUUUCAUAUCUAUCUUCUCUCUCUCUCUCUCUCUCUCUCUCUCUGCCUCAUUUUCUUUGUUUUCUUUACGCUUCUUUAUCUGCUUCUUUUCGUUCUUCUUGUUCUUCAUUUUUUUUUGUUCUUUCGCUUCUUCGCGUUUCUGUUCUCGGUUAUUUGGUUUUGUUUCAUUUCUAUUCCUUUACACAGCGUCUUGUUCAUUGUGCUAUUAGCAAGAUAUUCUUAUUCAUUUCUUUCACUCUUCUUUUUCUCAUUCUCACUCUUCAUUCCAGCUCCCUUCCUAGUGGUUUUCUUCUACUUCUUUUUCUUCUACUUGUGAUUGAUUCUUGUCCUCUUUUAUUGACGACUUCGACUUCUUCUUCUUCUUCUUCUUCUUCUUCUAUUCCCUCAACUUCGUGUCAUAAUUGUUAUCCUCUUCUCGUUUCUUCUUUUUUCCAUUUCCCUCUUUUUUCUUGUCUUUCCUUUUCUACUUCUUCUUGGCUUCUUUCAUACACAUUCUUUUUCUUCCUCUCUUGA